UCGCCCCUCCCCGCUGUUGGUGAAAGUCACGUGAAACAUCAAAGUUAAAUCUAGCUUAUGUUGCUAUCAAUUCAACUACCCAAAUUAUUUUUAACAUCUGUUUUUCGGUUUUCAUUUUACGUGCGUCAACCAGCCCUUUCAGGCGAUAACGUUUCAGAUGACCUGGCGUCGCUGAUAAAGUACAGGCUGAAGAGGGCAAGUCAAACUGACCAGUGAUUCAGCAUUAUUCAGCAAACUGCACAAUUAAGGGGAUGUCAAGCACAGCCAUGAAGAAAAAGGUGCUGCUGAUGGGCAAGAGUGGGUCUGGGAAGACAAGUAUGAGAUCCAUUAUCUUUGCUAACUACAUAGCCAGAGACACACGCCGCCUGGGAGCCACGAUUGAUGUGGAGCACUCUCAUGUGCGAUUCCUUGGCAAUUUGGUUUUAAACUUGUGGGACUGUGGAGGACAAGACACAUUCAUGGAGAACUACUUUACCAGCCAAAGAGACAACAUAUUCAGGAACGUGGAGGUGCUGAUAUAUGUGUUUGAUGUGGAGAGCCGUGAGCUGGAGAAGGACAUGCAUUACUACCAGUCCUGUCUGGAGGCCAUCCUUCAGAACUCCCCUGAUGCUAAGGUCUUCUGCCUGGUGCACAAAAUGGAUCUUGUUCAGGAGGACCAAAGAGACCUGAUCUUUAAGGAGCGAGAAGAGGACCUUAGGCGGCUGUCCAGGCCUUUGGCUUGCACCUGCUUCAGAACGUCAAUCUGGGAUGAAACUCUGUACAAGGCAUGGUCCAGUAUUGUUUAUCAGCUGAUCCCUAAUGUACAGCAGCUGGAGACGAAUCUGCGUAACUUCGCUCAGAUCAUUGAAGCAGAUGAAGUGCUUCUGUUUGAGAGAGCAACUUUUCUGGUAAUAUCUCACUAUCAGUGCAAAGAGCAGCGGGAUGCUCACCGUUUUGAGAAGAUCAGUAACAUCAUCAAACAGUUCAAGCUCAGUUGUAGUAAACUGGCAGCCUCUUUCCAGAGCAUGGAGGUGAGGAACUCUAACUUUGCAGCCUUCAUCGAUGUCUUCACCUCUAAUACAUAUGUUAUGGUGAUCAUGUCGGACCCCUCCAUACCCUCUGCAGCCACGCUCAUUAACAUCCGCAACGCCAGGAAACAUUUUGAGAAGCUGGAGCGUGUGGAUGGACCCAAGCACAGCCUGCACAUGCGUAUGCGCUAGCCCCUGCCAGCUGAACCAAUCAGUCCACAGACAGCAGGCUACGGUCCAGCCUGACAACACAUACAAGCCCUGUGCUUCAUUGUCUCACGGUUUUUUCCCUCGAAGACAAAAUGUGAUAAUGUAUCAUGAACUAUGAUGCCUUUCUCAGACAAUUGAUUUAGAAUUAUAGCUUAGGUUAAUGAAAUGCUAAUUUUAUGGUUAAUUGGAUACCAAUGCAGUCUUGGUUUCUGUUAUUUUGUAAAUAAGCAAAGUAUUUUGAGUAAAAGGAGCCACAGAUUUUCUGCAUUGGUAGUUACUUGACUACAUUUACAAUGAUCUGCUGUUGUCACUUCUAGUGGUUUGUUCUUAUUUGUCACCAUGCUAUCAUGCACACUGGAUAACUACACAGUUGGUGCAGAUGUUAAACCUGGUAUUGUGCAUUCCUUUUUUUGAAUUGCCAAAUAAAUAAGGCACAUGGAGAAGU